UUGUUCUUUCCGUGCUUUUAACAUUUUCACUAUAGUGUAAGAUACAGAAUUGACUCCCCGUUAUACAGCGAUACAGAGCCGGGGGUUAAUUGGUUAAAUCGAUAGGCAGUCGCGUUGUUAUAGGGAUGUGUUUAAUCUUCAAAUCAGCAACUCGGCGAGUUGUUGAAAUCGAUUGACAGCGAACAUGUCGGCGUUCGGCCGCAGAGUCUUCCUUACUUUCGACGCGAUAUUUCAUCGUCGGUAUGGCAAAUUUACCCCUUUUACCGGGAUACACCUUUCGAGACGUCAGCGUCAAGGAUUACAAAUUGCCGCACAAGCUCGACAUUUUAAAUGGCUUUCCUGUGACACGUGAUACCAAUUACGGCAUCGGGAGGAGAUUAACGGACGCAGCAUCCGUUCGAUACGCCGAAGGUCUAGAUCCUGUGGAAUAUGACAUAUCGUCGACUUACGGCCGGGUGCCUUGCCGCGUGUAUCGGCAAUUCGUGCCACAUUACGCGCUGUUCGCGCAAAAGUGCCUCCGCUUCAAGGCCUUCUUUCGCCAAGGAGUCUUCAACUCGCCGGACGAGCAUUAUCGCGUUCGUCACGUAGACAUCAUCUACUAUCUGGAAGACGACACGCUCUGUAUGAUAGAGCCCGUGGUGAAGAACGCUGGUUUCCGACAGGGCAAGCUGGUGAGACGCGGCAGAAUUCCGAAAAAUGCCAAGGGAGAUCUGUUCACCUGGAAAGACUUUAAUGUCGGGACUGACGUAUGCAUUUAUGGCGUGGUUUAUCACAUCGUCGACUGUGACCCGUUCACUAGAGAGUUCCUGACGAGUCAAGGCAUCGAUGUCGGUGAGAAGGAGAGUCUUCCCGCGGAUCCUUACACGGAACAGCGCGACGCCAAGUGCAGAACACCGACAAGGGUCACGUGGAUGGUGGGCGAUGAUGCCAGGCGCCGCUUCCUGGAAUACGACGGUAUGGUACUGUCGUUCGAUGCCACGUGGAACGACGAUCGCUACCGAGUGAUGUAUUUUCUGACGGACGACACCGUGGCGAUCCGCGAAAUUCACGAGCCCAACGACGGCAAGGAUCCCGUGGCGAUGCUGUUGAAGCGAAUGCGUGUGCCCAAGAACUGGCAGAGUCUGCCGUCUUGGCACCCGAGUAUCUACAUGGAAUACGGGGAUCCCGAGAUCGUCGAGUACUGCACGUCGCGGGAUUUUAGAGUAGGCGAAACGAUUCUCCUGUUUGGACGACGCUUCCUACUGCACGACUGCGACGCUUUCACGCGCAAAUAUUACUCCGACAUGUUGGGUACACCGCAACCAGACGCGAUUCCGAUUCCCGCAAGAGCGGACAAGUCAGCGCCGGCGAAGUACGAGAUACCACCGCACAUAAAAUUUGGCAGCCCCGAGGAUACAUACGCCAGCUGCCUGUCGUUCGUGCCGAAGCCACCCAAGAAGAACGUCAUUCGCCAGCUGGCAAACUUUCCGAAGAAGCUGCGCUACUCCGCGCGAAUGGACGCGGUGCAUCCGGAGGACGAGGGGCGCGACUUCGUGCUGGAGUACAGCCUGAGCGACGGCACCAUCCAAAUCAACGAGGUUGAGAAGCGUAAUUCUGGCCGACGCGAGGGUUGCUUCCUAUCCUUCCGACUGAUCGCGAAGCCGUGCACGGGAAAGGACAAUCCAGAGUAUUAUACGCCGCAAGAUUUUUUCAUUGGCGCGCGCAUUAACGCGUACAAUCAUCGCUUCGUCAUCACCGGCGCUGAUCCGUUCGUGUAUCGCUACGUUGAGGCAAACCGCGACAAAAUCUGUCAGAAGAUCCGGGAGAACCUGCGCGAGUAUUUUCUUCAGCAGGGUAUGCUGCAGGACGACGUGAAUACUGAAGCUAAAAAGAUACAAGAAAGAGAAGAACAGAAGCUCCUUACGGAUAAUAUAAUCACGGAAAGUGUUGAGGAUGAUGUUAAUGCGAGCAAAUGCAUGGACAAAGAAUUCGAUACGAUUGGUCAUAAAGAAUUGACAAUGGCUUAAUUCAUCAAUUAACGCAUAAAUGGAUUUAUCGGUGUGUUUUCAAUACCGAACCCUCAAUCGCUAUUCAAACCCUAUGAGGUUUGCUAAUAAAUUUUACAAGCAAUUCUUCUUCGUCCUUUAUAAAAAUAGCACUGUCUUAUACACCGAGCAAUUCUGAAUAAUAUUGACAACAAUUUAUUUCUUUGCAACAAAUUUAGAAUCGAUUUCUCUUUAAUUAAAAGCAAAACGUUGAAU